AUGUUUUUCUCACAGUCAUCCCAAUCAACUCCAACAUCUACUCAUGAUCGGUUGAGAAGAAGAAGAGCAAGUACUCCUUCGGUCUUACACUCUCGUUCGCCCUCGCCCACUUCUUCUUCAGCAUUUCAAUCCACAUUAACCCUUACUCCCUCUCAGAAACAUUCUUCUACUUCCUCCUCUUCGUUAUCACCUCUCCGACCGAAAUCUUCAUUCAAAACCUCCACGAGAAGAUUAUCCCUUGCUCCAACUUCACCCAAUACCAAUUCAUCAUUGUCUGUUUCUCCUUCCUCUUCAACUACUUCUUCACCAUCAAGAUCACCACUCUCCUUCCGAAGAUCUUCCAUCAGCUCGACUUUAACCCCCACUCUACAUUCAACUCGACAAGAAUCAGUCCGACCAAUAACACUCAUAUGGAAUUGA